UGUAGCAGCACGCCAGUGGAAGCGCUGCGGACGGUCAGUUUUGCAUUUGCAUUUUAUUUUACAGGAAUCUGAAUUUUAUUUGCACGAUAAAAAAAAAAUAAUAAUAACGCGAGAGUUUGCAAGUUGCCUUUCGACUGUACAACUGUCAAAGGUAGAGAGUGGAAUCGCGCAUGACCCAACACAUUACUGUAGUACUGUACACGGACUCGGGAGAUAAUAUCUAUUAAAAAAAAAAAUUACAGAGCAGGAGCCCCACGAGUGACUGCUGCCCAUGACGAGUGCUGGUUAAGGAUCAGACUCCCGAGACAGCAGGUGUGUGAUUGCCAUGUAACAUAAAAGGCAACUCGCAGAGUGCACAGCGGUGACCCCACGUGGCGACCCGGGCCACCCGGCCACUCGUGUUGGUGUGGGGAGGGUGAUUCCAACACGCCAGGUAUGGCUGACUCCAGUAAGAGCACAGCACGCAGUGGGGGUCGAAGUCGGCCCGCCUCAGAAGAGACUGCCAAAAAAACAGCUGCCACGGGCAACAAGCAUGGUGGAGCAGCUGUUGAGAAGAUAGAAGGCAAGAAAAAAGGACGCCCCAGAGCUGACAAUCAGGAGCUUAGGAACAUACCUGCAAGCAUGGUGACUCAGUGGAAAGAAGAGUUUAAGAAUCGCUCUCGAGUAAAAUGCCCCAGCUCUGGGUGCUGGCUAGAAUUCCCAAGUGUCUAUGGAUUAAAGUACCAUUAUCAGCGUUGCCAGGGGGCUACAAUAUCAGAGAAACUGAACCACCAGUGUCCUUAUUGUGAAGCUGCAUUUGCAUCUAAAACCCGUGUGGAGAAGCACAAGGCGUGGAAUCACGCUGAUAGAGUCUCGCAAGAACCAACAGCUGGCAGUGAAGCAGACAAUGAAGUGCACAAAACGCCAGUGAAGGGGAGUGCUAAGAAAAGAGCUGCGGAAAGUUCUGACGCUUCCCCAAUCAGAAGCAAAGUAAAGAAGACGCGGGAGGUGUUCCAGCACUCUCAGAACGGAGAGUAUGUCCCACAGAAAGCAGGCAGGAAACACCAGCAGGGGGCGGCCUCCGAGGCUUCUCCCACGACUUCCGGAGGCAGCGAGGGCGAGGCAGGAAGCUUCCCUGAGGAGGACCCAGAACGAACAAGGCACAGAAGGAAACAGAGAACCCCGAAGAAGUUCACCGGGGAGCAGCCUUCCAUUUCAGGAACAUUCGGCAUGAAAGGUUUGACCAAAUCAGAAGAGAAGGUAAAGUCUGGGCGAGGAAAGAAGGUUGUAGGAAACGAUUGUAAAAAAGAGCCGAAGAGGAAAGCACAGGGCGCGAACCUUCGCAAGGACCCUGUCUCCUAUUCCCCAGGGAGCAAGGAGGAGAGGUGGCAGCAGGUUAUCACGGAGAAGGGAGAGGUUGUCUGUCCGACUUGUUCUCUCAUCUCCAGGAAAACUGUCCCUGGACUCAAGAAACACAUGGAGAUCUGCCUGAAGCUGCAGGAUGCCCUGAAGUGUCAAGACUGUCAAAAGCAGUUCAAGUCCAAAGCAGGCUUGAAUUACCACACAAUGGCAGAACAUAUUAACAAGCCCAGUGCACAUAAAGACAGCUUUCCAGACGAACAGGAAGAACGGGACAGACUACGGAAGGUUCUCAAACAAAUGGGCAAGCUGAAAUGUCCUAAUGAGGGCUGCACAGCCACCUUUUCCAGUCUGAUGGGCUACCAGUAUCACCAGAAGCGCUGCGGAAAAGACCCUUCCGACACAGAGAAGCCUGUCUUUGUCUGUAAACACUGCAGGAAAAACUACAAAUCCAAGGCUGGCCACGACUACCACAUCCGCUCCGAGCACAGCACUAGUCCGAAGCAGUCGGAGCAGGUUGCUGCAAGGGAGGAGGAGGAGGAGGAGGAGGAGAUAGAGGACUUCGAGAGGACCCCCAGUGGCAGAGUGCGCCGCAGGUCUGCCCAGGUCGCUGUCUUCCAUCUGCAGGAGAUCGCAGAGGAUGAGCUGGCCAAGGACUGGAACAAGCGCAAGAUGAAGGACGACCUGGUCCCUGACAUCAAGAGACUUAACUACACUCGCCCUGGGCUUCCGAAAUUUAACCCCAAAGUGCUGGAUAACUGGAAGAAAGAAGUCAAGGAGAAAGGGUUCAUCUUCUGUGUGAAUAAUCACUGUGAAGCAGUCUACUCAAGUGUUUCAGGUCUAAAAGCCCAUUUAGCCAACUGUAACAAGGAAGGCGGCUCUGUUGGGAAGUACAGGUGUCUGCUGUGCCAGAAGGAGUUCAGCUCUGAGAGUGGAGUUAAAUACCACAUCGGCAAGACCCAUUCGGUGAACUGGUUCCGGACUUCAAACCCGGUCUCUCCAAAUGGCAAAAGGAAAGAACUCAACAAUGUAAAGAAAGACGGAAAGAACAGCACAACCGGAAAGAAGAGGGGGAGGAAACCUAAAGAAAGGCCCCCAGAGCCUCCGCAAAAAGACACGGAAAAGGCUGAAUCAAAGACUAGCUCCACAAAUGCAACAGAUACCACGGCUUCAGCUGCAAACAAAAUCACCGGAGACCAGAGAAAAGAAACAAAACCACCUGCGAAGAAAAGGGGGCGAGCCAAGAAAGUGCAGAAUAAACCUUAAAAAGAAAGACACCUUUCAUAGCGCUUUGGCUGGGAUUUUGAAGGAAAAUGUUUUAAAAAAUACAAUAAAAAAAUCAGGCUGUACAGUAAAUAGAUACAACCUGAAGAUGAAUUCCUGUAUUUAGGUUUAUUCUGCCCUGGGGAGGGUUAUUCAUAUAUAUAUAUAUGAUACAGUAUAGGCAGUUACAGUUUAAGGCAUCCGUCCAGUUUUUAGGUUUCUAUAUUUUUGCGAUCCCCUUGUUAUAUAAAGUCUAUUUGUUUUUUUUUAAUAUUUUUUUUAACCACUAGUGUUUUUCUGACUUGUAUGUAGGCUUGUGUUUAAGGAAGGUGUUAAAAUGAGCUGUAAACUACAGUAUUUAUUGACCUCAUUCUGGUUAAUUUCUGACCACAGGGUUUGCUGUAUCAAUAGGGUCCAUACCUGUCAACUUUUUGGGUGGGGUGGUGGGGAUGCAGGUGCGUGGCUAAGUAUGUGAACUUGCCUCACUCACUGAAUGCAUCCGUGCCACAGGACUCCUCUGGGUCCUAAACCCUGCUAGGUACAGACAGGGAUUGCAGUAACCACACACCGGUCAUGACUUUUGCAGACAUUAAAGGUUUGCUGACAUAAGGGGGGUUAACAGUAGAGUUAUGAGCAAAAUACGGGAGAAAAUCUGUCCCGUGAGAUGUCUGGGAGAAGGCUCCAAGAUACAGGAGACUUCGGGUGAAUACGAGAGUGUUGACAGGUCUGGGGGUCACGUGGCAGCAUGUGUGUCUCAAUCCACUCAUAUAUUAUUAUUUGUUUAUUUAGCAGACGCCUUUAUCCAAGGCGACUUACAGAGACUAGGGUGUGUGAACUAUGCAUCAGCUGCAGAGUCACUUACAACUGCGUCUUACCUGAAAGACGGAGCACAAGGAGGUUAAGUGACUUGCUCAGGGUCACACAAUGAGUCAGUGGCUGAGGUGGGAUUUGAACCAGGGACCUCCUGGUUACAAGCCCUUUUCUUUAACCACUGGACCACACAGCCUCCUAUAACUGGAUAGUGGCAGCCGUUUCCACUGUCAAUAUCUCAGUUGAAAGAGUUGUUUUUUUGUUGUCCAGCAUUUUCAGAACAGAAGAGGAUUGAAGAAUAAUUUGUCCUUACUGUAUUAUUUUGAUCAAUGCAUUUUGUAUGGCAGCUGAAUAUACUGUAGAAUAUAGCAAGCAUUUUUUCCUUCUGAUUUUAAAUAUAUGUAUGUGAUACACUGCUCCAGACAGUUAAGGGAUAUUCACAUGUAUGUAUGUUUAUAAAGCUGCUUAUGCAGGCACUUCAGUGUGCAUAAUCGAUAGAUACCCAGGCUGUAUGAGUGUCUGUGGUGACUCCUGUAUGAAGGGUUCACAAAAGUCUGGAUAUGGAAGAAGCAGGACCCCUUUCUCAGCAUAGGCUGUAAUAUUUGCUUAUUACCAUUACCUCACACAUUCACUUGUACCAGCUUUGCAUUUAAAUGACUACAGGAUUUGGGGAUUUGUAAUGUUAAAUACUCACAUCCCAGAGUAGCCCCUAAUUGUUGGAGCAGAGUAUAUUGUACCCCCAGAGCAUAUGUUUGUAAAGUUCUGUGUGCGGAGGAGAGGCAGUGGUUCUGGGGUUGUGAUGUUUUGUUAGAUUUCCUUAUUAAAUACAGAAAAUGUAGUUUUCUCUCAGAUCAAAAGAAAAGUUAAGUCAGCAGCUAAAUACUAUUCUCUAAUAUUAUUUUUAUAAGUGACAGUAGUUUUAAGCCAAGUAGCAAAUGUUAGUUGCACAGGAAAAAAUCAUGUUUACAAAAAAAUAGUAAUGAAAAAAUCAAGUUCAUGGAAGAUACCGGUAAAAAAAAAGAUAUAUAUAUAUAUAUAUAUAUAUAUAUAUAUAUAUAUAUAUAUUUAGAACCUCCAUCAUCACAUACCUGAUUCUUUCCUCAGCUGUGGUCCUGCGUGAGUGAGUUAGUGCCAGCAUGGCACGUGUGUUGUUUUUCAAAAAGUUGUAAAGUAGAUAUAAAGGAUGCUUUUACAAGAAAAAAAAAAUCUAUAUAACAUUGAAAUUUUUAAGGAUUCAUUAAUUUCGUGGUGUUAAAAAAAAAAAAUUUACAUUGUCAAUUCAUUUGGAACAAACCCCAUUUUUGUUGAGAGCUACAAUGAACUACGUUUUCUUUUAUUGCAGCAAUACUGUGAUGCUAGUUUUUAGUACUAUAACAUCGCAAUAUGCUAAAUGCACAGCUUUGUAUUGUUUUUUUACUUCCAUUUAGACACCAUAAACAGGGAGAGGGAAUCCUUUUAUACUACUGGUAAGAUCAAAAAUAAAUGUGCAGUCUAAAACAGAAGAAGGAGAUGAAAUCAUUUAACUGCCACAUCUCUAAAAUAUUGGGAGACUCCCUUGAGGUAAGGGAAAAAUCUAAUGCUGGUUUUAAAAGCCUGUUCUGCCUUGCACUUUAAAACUCUCUGUUGUUUUGCACUUUGCAUAUAAAUUGAUGAAGCGACUACAAACCCCCUAGCUGUGGAAAUAUAAUAUGACUGAGGACUCUAGUUCAAGCAACUUCAUUGAGACUGGCACAAGAGUGGGCUCAAAUCCCCAUGUUUCCAAAUGGAAUAUCAUGAGAGCAACAGCUAGAAGAGGCUUCCAAAAUCUAUUUUUAAAAAUCUAUAGCCAGACGUGUACCUAACCAUUGCAUCUGUGUGCUUCCAUUGACUGAGCCAAAGCUGGCAGGUGCACCAGGGCGACAGUCUCAGACUAAUGAACUCUUUUCUUCGAAAGCCAGUACAAGUUAACAACCUGCAAGCAAAAGUAUCUUUUAAAUCUAUUGAUUUGUUCCCUGUUACUGUAGAUCUGUAGCUACAACUGUGUGAUACAAUAAGGUUUUUGGCAAUCGCCAGUGUUGCAUAUGAUUUGACUUUCCCUUUUAAGAGUUUUAAAAUGCUGUAGUAUCGGUAGGUUAUUUACAAUACAGUAAGCCUUUAAAGUAAGCAAUCACGAGGUUUGAUUUUUGCAAGCAGCUUAUCAAAAAGCCUCCACGACUACGUCCAAUUCAGUGUGUUUAGAAUCUGUGAAGGAACUAUUCAUUGCGUCCAUCCAGAGAGUAGCAAGUUUACAGUAAUAGAUUCUCAAAAUGUUCUUUUUUUCUCUGUUCUAAAGCAAUUGUUAUAUUUGAGGCAUUAAUUCAAGGGGGUACUUACUACAUAUUUGCUUAAUCUAAACUUACAAUUUUACAAUCUGUUGUAUUAAUUGUGCAUAAUUACCCUUCAUCUAAAUAAUAAAAUGUUGAA